AUCUAAGGAAUGGGGAUGGAGUUCAUUAAUGCAUAGUAGGAGAUUCCUGUAAAGGUUUUCUCGUGAAUGAUAUUUAUAUUGUUAUGGUUGAGGUUUCUUGUAAAUUGAUUGAAAAGAAGUGAUCAAAAGGUGGCCUCAAGUAUGAAAACUGAAGCAGAACCACAUGUAGAUUCAGAUGUCAAAGAUAUGACGCUUGUGGAAAAGACGAAUCCAGAAGCUAAAAAUUGUGAAAAUAUUAUGGAACAACCCUCCUCAGAGUCGAAAGUUGUGGAAGAUCCAAAAGCUGAUGAAAUUAUUCAUUGUUGUUGCAAUUGCAAGAAACAAGCCUCCUCAAAGGUGAAAAUUGUAGAGUAUCUAGAAGCUGGGCAUCCAUAUAAAACAAGAACACAAAAACACGGUGGAAUUCUUUUUCUUCAUGAGGACAUUGGAGGCUUUUGUGUUUCGAAAGCGCAAUCAUACUUGUACAAAAAGAUAUGGUUGAAAUAUGGUCAUAUCGCAUCCGGGGAAUUUGCUACAAGCUUAUCAUAUGCUAGCCAAGUUUGUAUAGUCAAUGAUAUUAUGGAUUCUGUAAUAGAAAUGCAUCGUUCUCGUUAUGUUGAUGUAUCUGAUGAAAUGAUUGAUUCAUGGGAGAACAAGAUAAAGAUGGCUGAAAAUCUCAAUUUCAACAUUGGAUGGCUUCGACAACAGUUUGAGAAUGUUAAAGGAGUUGAGAAAUUCAACAUGGGAUUAUUGGAGCAUGGUGAUCCCUUCCAAGAUGCAAAGAAGAGAGUUACUGUAGCAGAAAAUCAUUUGAAAUGGGAAAAGGAACGGCUGAUGACCUUGAAAAAUGAAUUGCGGUCGAAGUUACUUGCAUUGGGAUCAGAGUCAGACCUGGAAAAGUACCUGGAGAAUACCGACAACAAACUGCUUGACGAAAUGUUUUGAAUGUUAAUUAGGUGUUUAUUCUGUGAACUUCUAAACUAGUUUAGAAGAAAAUCAGAAUACGAAUAAUU